CUGGAAACCUCUCAGUCUCAGCCAGGUACUUGUGGUGAUCUGGUGUACUCCGCUCGGACGCUCGUGUGUGUGUGUUCCCUCGCCCCGUGUUCUACAGGAUGCUGGCCUCAUCGACGUCGCUGCUCCGGCCGCUGGUCCUCGCGCUCGGCCUCCUGCUCGCCCUCGGCCUCCAGGCACAGGUGGAGGCUCGGCAGGCGUUCAGGGGCGACCCGGGGGCCCCCGGGGACACGGGCUUCGACCUCUCCCAGUACAAGGUGUCCGACGUGGCCAAGUCUCGGGCCAAGAGGUACUUCGUGAGCUUCCCUUCCUCGUCGACGCUCACGUUCAACAACAAGAUCAAGGUUCCGCUCUUCAAGAAGUUCGACAGCAAUAUCAGUGGCGUGUUCAAGGGCGUCAUUAAAGCCACAUACACACUACCCUCGGACACAGUGACGGUCGGGAGGGCAAAGAUCGACGAGGACCGCUUGACGACCUACAACUCUCUGGAGACGGUCUUUUCGAACUUUGGCAUCGACGGGCACCAGUGCCUCCUGAAGGCCAUCUGCGAGACGGCCGAGACAACAGCCUCCGAGUAUGGCCUCAUCGGGGAGUUACUCAGCCUCCUGCUUUCACCCAACCACGCCCUCGACCAAGCGAAGGACGACCUCCUCGAGUACACGGCUGCAGAAUCCUACGGCCGCGACGUCGGAAACUGUGACCUGGCUUAUUCCUCGUGUCCCCUGACCCUUGGCGAGCUCCUGAAGACGGGGGUGUCUCUCCUGCAGGGGUCCAUGUCGAGAUUCAUUGGGAUGUAAAAGGGCCUUUUGGUCUGUGUGUG